CUCCAUUUGAAUCACUCCUACCUGCCAGUGCCUGCCUACGUAGAAUGCAACGGUCCUACGACCACAGCGAGGAUGAGCCCCUAGUGGACUCAACCGGCGCUCUGUUCCUGCGUUCAAAGCGCACCGAGCGUAUGCAACGAAAACGGGCAACCCGCGACAGGAAACCAAAAGCGAAGGCGUCAUUAUCAACCCUCCCUACGGAGCUCCUUCUAGAGAUCCUGAAUUAUCUCCAGCCCAGCCAUGUCUUUCGCUUCGCCCUCGUGGACAAUCGCUUCCGUUCUGUCGUCCUCGCCAACUCCCAGCUUAUUGGCCACCAGAUCAUCAGCCGUCGCUACACCCUCCUUGCCAAGUGUUUUCCUCUCCCUAAGUUCCUCUCCCAAGUCGACCCCUCAAUCCAGCCUUUGCUGCUUGAUACAAAGCAGCAGAAGAACCUGACUCUUCAUACCCAGCCUUACCAGCAUAUUCACCCACCCAAUCCUAGCCUCCUCUGUACUUGCCUUACCUGCGUCUUGACUUGGAACAACUUAGGUCUCAUCCUGGACUUUGCCCAUUGGCAGUAUAACCUCGACGUCGGCGAACCAAUCCCCAUACUCCCCCGUGGCCAGGCUGUAGAAUGGAACCAGUGUCUUAUCGAGCGCAACGCGAAGAUUGUCCGAAAGGCACUGGACAACUCGCUAUGGUAUGCUCGCAUCCUGGAAACACAUUUAGAUAGCACUGUGCGGUCGAUACGGAGGCACCAGGCAAACAAGGGCAAUAAAAGGAAGCACGUGGACAUGACGGUUGAGGAUGCUGCUAGGGGCACAGACAUGUUCCUAUCUCGGAGUGGCCCGACCAGUCUCGAAUUCCCACAUAACCGAGACCUCUAUUACAUGCUCGAGGCUUACCUACCAAACAGGUGGUGGAGGAAGCAGGAGGAAAGGUGGAUAUACACCAUCGCUGGCCAGCAUGAUCGAGACCUGGAUGUCGUCGUUCGAUUCGCACAAAGGUUCUAA